GUAAGUUUUCAAAUCAAUGGUUGUUUUUACAUAUACACUAGUCAACAUUUGAAGCGGAUCGAAAAGUUCAUUAAAUUCACAAGAACAGGUAUUGGUUUUAAGACAAUUAUUAUGAAAGGUUUGAUCCACUUUAAAUGUUGACUUGUGUACAUGCAUACAUUAGAUGAACUGGAAAAACAACACCCCAGUCUCUUUCAUUCUGUACUUUGUUAGCUGUACUCUUUACUUGUAUUACAGUAUGUCAAUGUGUUUCUUGUUUCUGCAGUAUGGUUUUUAAUGCAGUUUUUUGUUUAUGCCAUGUAGAUAUUGCUUCCACUCUGCAAAACACUGCCAAUGAUUUGUCUGCUGAAUACACUUCCGAUGCAUCAGGUUCACCUGCUCCUGGAUGCUCAAUUUCACCAUCCACCUCUUCAAGUGGAAGACGUGACAGUAGCUGUGAAACUUCGUUUUAUGACCAUGACUGACAUUAUAGUUUUGAUGUUCCAUGGCAAAAAAUGCCAGCAAGUUUUAUGGAAAAGUUGCGAAAUGGCGAAAGGCCAAAUUGCUCUGAGAGAAGACAGUUGGUCCGCAUUGUUGCUUCUGAGAUCCUGGAAGUCAGCAAAUGUCCAGCAAAAAAACAUGUAUCAGAAAUAGCCCGACAAAUGGUGAUUGCAUACCCAAAGUCUUUCAGAGAUGAGAUUAAUUCCCAGGUUGUAGGAAGUAGAUAUGAUUCUCUCCUCAAACAACUGGUGUGUAGAAUUGACAAUUUUAAAAGAGCAAAAGCUAUUAGUACACCACUUUGUGGUACUCUAGAAGUAUCAACACAGAAACGAAAAUUGUUAUAUGGUUGUAUUAGUUCUGAUCCACAACUGCUAGUUGGAGAAACAUCCGAAUUGCAGCAGGAAAAGAAAGAGAAGUUGCUAGUAAUGUUUCAAAAUAAUGAAAGUGAUGUAAAGACAAUCUAUGGCUUAAUGACUUCUACUUACACCUCUCAAAGAAACAACAUCCAAUCUGGAAAGGAAACCAAAGAUUUACUUGAUGAGUGGCCAUAUCUUUUUCAGCCAGCAGGAAUGAAAGCACACUUUAAAGAGCUCACUGGCAUUGACAUAAACAACAGCUUUGAAGAGUCUGCUUCCAGUAAGUUCAGAAGAAUAUUGGAGUACUUUCAAUUUCAGUGCACAGAAAGAGCAAGCAGAGCAGGGAGAAUCCUCACAAAGUAUAGAGCUGGAGGGGAUCAUGUUUGUGGGGCAGUGAUGUUGCUGCUAACCCAUUUCAAAAAUGACCAAGACCACUUUCUUGUGAUGGUAGAAGACACGUCUGUUACAAGUGAUAUAUGCUCAGAACAGCUUCCAGCAACACCAUGUAUAGUAGUGUGUGGAGAGAACCCACUGACAGCCAGUGUGUACAUGGUAGCAGUAGACCAGAUGAUUGUAAAUGACCAUCUCUUGAGUUUUACAGAAGCUCUGUAUCUGAUGUUCUCUCUUUACUAUAUAUUGAACAUCAGUUACCCUGUAGAACUGGGAGCCACACUAGAAUUCUUGCAAAGGUGGAUCUUUAGGAUAAAUCCUCAUAAAGGUACCAAGGUGGAAAAGAGAGAGAAAAAGAGAGCGUACUCUGUCAACCCCAGAGUAUUGAGUCUGACGUCAAAAAUUGCUGCAUUUGACUGGGGAGAGUAACAGAUGUGGUCUUUCAGAAGAUUGAUAUUUCGCUGAAGAACAGGACAGACCGACUUUUUGUAAAUCAGUGCAGCGCUUUGUUCAUUUUUAUUACCUUGUGAUGUGAUAAACUUCAAAACUAUCAGACUCCAGGCCCAGUGUUUUUGUUUAUUUUAAAUUGAACACAUUUGUGUUCUGAAACAUGCUUUAUCCAUUUUCCCCAUUUGACAUGUUCAGAAUGAU